AUGCGACAGCAAAAGUAUAUAAGCUGCCACGCUCCGCUAUGCUUCUUCAUGGGUGAGAUAGAGCUAAAAGAUCUUGUUGUGAUUAUUACAGGCGCCGGCGGAGGCCUGGGUAGACAGUACGCACUGAGCUUUGCCUCUCGCGGUGCCAAGGUGGUGGUGAACGAUUUAGGGGGCACGCUUGGCGGAUCGGGCACGUCCACCAAGGCAGCUGACGUUGUUGUCGAUGAGAUUCGCAAGGAUGGCGGUACAGCCGUCGCCAACUAUGACAAUGUGGUGACUAAUCCUGACGGAAUCGUUCGGACAGCUGUGGAGGCAUUCGGCACGGUGCAUGUCCUGAUUAACAACGCUGGAAUAUUGAAGGACGCCGCGUUCAAAAACAUGACUGAAAAACAGUUUCUCGAUGUUCUGGACGUCCAUCUAAACGGGGCGUUCAAACUCACCAAACUGUGCUGGCCGCUUUUUCGGCAGCAAAAAUUCGGCCGCAUCAUCAUGACGACGUCUCCCGCCGGUCUCUAUGGCAACUUUGGACAGACAAACUAUUCUGCUGCCAAAAUGGGACUUGUGGGACUCGCAGAGACGUUGGCCAAAGAGGGAGCCAAGUACAAUAUCAAGGCAAACGCCAUUGCUCCGCUAGCCAAGUCCAGAAUGACAGAGACUGUCAUGCCACCAGAUGUGCUAAAGAAACUGUUACCCGAAAAGGUCGCUCCUCUGGUUCUGUAUUUGUCGUCCCGUGGUUGCAACUGCUCUGGAUGCAUAUUUGAGGUGGCUGCUGGUCUGUUUGCGCAGAUUAGAUGGGAACGCAGUGGUGGUCUCUUGCUCAAGCCAGACGAAUCCCUUACACCAGAGGCUAUCCUUAGCAAAUUCUCGCAGGUGACAGAUUUCACAAACGCUCAGUAUCCUACUCAGCUAAACGAUUACAACUCCUUGCUGGAACAGGCAAAGAAACUUCCUCCAAAUGACCAGGGAAGUACUAGAAUCUCUUCUUUAAAAGACAAAGUGGUCAUCAUCACCGGGGCAGGCUCGGGCCUCGGAAGACACCACGCACUGUGGUUUGCCAGGUACGGCGCGAAGGUCGUUGUGAAUGAUUUCCAGGACCCUUCAGGCGUGGUGGAUGAGAUUCGGCAAGCUGGGGGUACUGCGGUUGGCGCUCGGUUCAACGUCUACAGCGACGCGGACAAAAUUGUUAAAACCGCCCUGGACGCGUUUGGCACCGUCAACGUUCUCGUCAACAAUGCAGGUAUUCUUAGGGACCGCUCUUUCGCCAAGAUGUCGCAGCAGGAGUGGGAUCACGUGAUUCAGAUUCAUCUGGUGGCCACGUUCCGACUUUGCAAGCUUGUGUGGCCGAUUUUCUUAGAGCAAAAAGGCGGCAGCAUCAUCAACACGACCUCAACGUCAGGAAUCUACGGCAAUUUCGGGCAGGCAAAUUACGCCGCAGCCAAGGCCGCUGUUCUCUCCUUCACGCGCAGUCUUUCUUUGGAAGGUGCCAAGGCCAAUAUCCGGUGCAAUGCAAUCGCUCCACACGCGGAAACAUCAAUGACGAAGACCAUAUUCAAGAGCGAUGAGCUUAACAAGUUCAGUGCUGACCAGGUCUCGCCUCUUGUGGUUCUUCUGGCGAGCGACGAGCUGAAGGUAAGCGGCGAGCUAUAUGAGGUGGGUGCUGGAUGGGUUGGCAAUACGCGGUGGCAGCGGGCCAUUGGUGCAGUUUCUCACGACGACUAUAUUGCACCCGAGUUUAUCGAACAGCAUUGGGCUGAAAUCACAGAUUUCAGCAAAGGCGUGAAUAUGAAGAGUGCGCAGCAAUCAGCUAUGGCUAUUUUGGAAAGUGUUGGAGGCAAAGACGAAGAUGAAGAUGAGGAGGACGAAGAAGAAGAGGAUGAGGAGGAUGAGGAUUCGUCUGUUAAGACCGACGGAUAUCGCUAUGACCACCGCCAGGUGAUUCUAUACAAUCUGUCCGUUGGCUGUCACGCCGAAGAGCUCAAGUACGUGUACGAGAACGACGACGAUUUCCAGGCUGUUCCGACUUUUGGCGUGAUUCCGUUCUUGAAUGAGGGAUCAGACUCGUUCGAUUUCAGCGAUUUGGUGAAAAACUUCGACAUGACCAAGCUUCUCCAUGGAGAGCACUAUCUGAAAAUUGCAAAGCAGAUUCCUACCUCUGGAAAACUCAAAACCAAGUCCUUCCCUGUUGCUGUGUUCAACAAGCACAAAAAUGGUAAGAAGAACAGCUUGGUGAUUGAGGGAUACGAAACACACGACGAGAAGGGUGAGCUGGUUUUCUACAACCAAGGGUCAUACUUUAUCCGGAACAGUGAGACGGCCAGUGGAAAAGACGAAGUGUUCAACAAGCGGUCUAUUCCGUUCUUGCAAAACAGCUUCGAGGCACGUGGCCGGCCAGAUUUCGAGUCCACGUACACAACGUUCUCAGACCAGGCGGCAUUGUACCGUCUAAACGGAGAUUUUAACCCAUUGCACAUCGAUCCUGUCUUUGCGCGCGGCGGAAACUUUUCCAGGCCAAUCCUACAUGGACUGGGAACGAUGGGGAUCAGUGCCAAGCUUCUAAUGGACCAUUACGGCGUGUUUGAUGAGAUCAAAGUGAGAUUCACCAACGUGGUGUAUCCUGGUGAGCAGCUCAAGGUGCUGGGUUGGAAGAGCGGCCAGACGGUGGUUUUCCAAACAUGGAGUGUCGACAGAAACUGUUUGGUGAUUGACCGUGCAGGAAUACGACUCAAAGAAACAAAGUCCAAGCUGUGA